GGAUGGUCUCAAAGUCACACUCUCAUCGGACGGUUCUCUCGACACAAACGACUCGUUCAACUCACAUCGGCAUCACCCAUCUCUCGCUGAAGUGCGGCUAUCUAAUGGAUGAAGACUCCAGCCCCGAUUCGGAGCGGCUGCAGAGCCUGGGGGAUGUGGACAGUGGCCACAGCACAGCGCACUCCCCGAAUGACUUCAAGAGCAUGUCGCCACAGAUCACAUCGCCCGUCUCCCAGUCACC